AUGGAGCACGGCGGUCGCGAACGCGCCGGCCCCGGCCUGGGAUGGGCCCGACUGGGCCUGGCCGGGGCCUGGCCGAAGCUGGCGGGGCCCGGCGCGGCCCCCGCCGGCGGCUCGUCCCAGGCGAGCCCGCCCUUCUCCUGGCUGCGCGUGGUGUCGCAGCUGCUGUCGCCGCUGCCCGCUCUCCUCCAGCGGCUGCUGCCCGGCGCCGCGCUGAGCUCCGCGCUGUGCCCCGCCAAGGCGCCGCCGCCGCUGGUGCUGCUGCCGAAGGCGGGCGCCUCGCUGGGCUGGGCCGAGGAGGAGCUCCCGGAGAAGCGGCCGCGGGGCGGCCCCGAGCCCCCGGCGGGGCUGUGGGGAGCCGGGCUGGUGCGGAGCAGCCUGGGGGCUCUUCCCGUGGACUGGUACGCGCUGGGCUCGGAGCAGGGCAAGAGCCACCUGCCCCAGCCCCUGCGAGCCGAGGGCUUGCCCGAGGUCGAGUUCCUGCGCAGCAAGCGCCUGGCAUUCCUCCAGCGCUGGCACCUGCCCGUGCCCGACCCCGACCACGGCUACCACAGCCUGGAGGAGGAGCAGCAGCAGCAGCACCGGGAUAUCCGCCGGGAGACUGAGGAGCAGCACGGCAAGAGCGGGGAUUUGGAGCAGCCCGAGGACGCGGGGGGACAGCCCGGAGGUGUCCCCGUGGAGCCCGAGGGGCUCCGGGAUGCGGCUGAGGAUGGGGCAGCCUCGGCCGGAGAGGAGGGCGAGGACUCUGGAACGGAGAGAAACUUCCCAGUAUCGACCAGACCUGCGUGUGCGAAUAAAUUAAUCGAUUAUAUCAUCGGGGGAGCAUCCAGUGGGGAGGAGAGUGAGGGUGAGGAGGACUGGGAUGAUGAUGAUGAUGAUGAUGAAGGUGAUGACGGGUUUGACAGCGAGGAGCUGCCCUCGGACUCAGACGCAGGCAGCCAGGACGGGGAGAGGCUUCACCUGUGGAAUUCCUUCUACAGUUUGGAUCCCUAUAACCCUCAGAACUUCACAGCCACCAUCCAGACGUCUUCCAGCGAGCCGGGAAAGGGAAUGUCGGACGUGGAAGAGGAGGAGGAGGAGGAGGAGGAAGACUCGUGGGCAGAGUCCUCCGAGGGCUCUCCUAGUUCCGAGGAGGACGAGUGGGACUGUGACAGCGUGGAUGAGGCGGAAAACUUGAAACUUUGGAACUCGUUCUGCAGCUCGGACGAUCCCUAUAACCCUUUAAACUUCACGGCGGCCUUCCAGACGGCGGAGAGGAAAGGGGCGCCGGGUUCCGUCCCCGCCGAGCGCCUCGGCGUGUGCAGGGUGCAGCUGGAAAAACACAACUGCGGGGGCCCUGACCUGGGGCAGCGCAGGGACACAACCGCCAGUUCCAAGCGGAAAAAGGUGACAUUCCUCGAGAAGGUGACGGAGUAUUACGUCAGCAGCGAGGAGGACAGGAAGGGGCCCUGGGAGGAGAUGGCUCGGGACGGCUGCAGGUUCCAGCGGCGCAUCCAGGAGACCGAGGAGGCCAUCGGCUACUGCCUGGCCACCGAGCACAGACUGAGGGCGUUCCAGAGGCUCCAGGAGUUCCAUUCCCAGAGGACUGACCCCUUCCAGCACCUUCAAAACUCCCGGGAUUUGCCCCACCCUUAAAUUAAUGAGUUCUGAAAGUGGCAGCUGCAUGUGCUGAAGUGGGGACAAAAUGGCGGAACUUUUUAUUUCCCCCCCCCCUUUUGUUUGUUUUUUUGUUUUGUUUUGUUUGUUUGUUUUGGUUUGUUUUUCCCAGUUUGAUAUUGGAUAAAUCCCUGUUUUGAUAAAAGCCCUGGAGCUCCCUGGCAGGGCGAGGGCGCUCUGAUUGCAUUCCUGUUAAUUAGCACUUGGCACAGCCGGGGUCCGACCCCUUCCCAAAAACGCCUUUUCCUGCCCUGCCUUGGGGAGCGGGGACUGCUCCCUUGGAUUUUUGCACUUUUGGAAAAAAAGAAAAGCAAACAAAGCAAAACCUAUUUUGAAGGAAAUGUUUGUGGGGUGCAUUCCCUGGAAUUGCAGUUUUGGUUUAAAAUUCCCUGAGGGAUGUGCAGCUGAGGGCUUUGGGGGUUUUUUUUGGUGUGUUUGUGUUUCUCCAUCUUUUCCAGCUUCUCCAAAAGCCUGAUUCUUUAAAAAAAUCCUUUCAUUUAAGGGAAUUUUUUUUUCCCACUUUUUUUUUUUUUUUUUUUUUUUUUGGCAUGGAAUAAUCCAAUGUUUGAGUGUUCCUGGAGCUUUUUUUGAGGUUUGAAUAUUCCAGCCAGGCUUUGGUUUGACUGAGUUAAAUAAUUCCCUUUUCCAGGAUUAUUCCAGAGGGUUCUGGCUGCUUCUCCAGCAAAUUCCUUGGUUUUUUAGGCCAAGGAAACUUCCUCAUCCCAAUUAAUAAUUAAAACUUAAUGAGGCUGUGGAUGAUGCUUGAAUUUCGGGAGGAAAAUCCGUUCAUUGUUUAAUUAAUCUCGGCUGUAAUUCUGCUUUGGGAGAGGGAUUGAAGUGAAUUUUUAUAUCCAAUCUGCUUGCCCUGAUAAUUUUCUUGGGUUUAAGGAAAUUAUCUGGGAUUUAAGGAAAUUUAAAGGCAAAAUUUCCCUGUUUUCCUUCCCAGAAAUCAGUAUUAACUCUGUGUGUCUGCACUGGGGUCACCAAAAAAAACAUUUCAGUGAGAGGACAGAACUCUUUAUUUAUAUUCUUAAUUUAAAAUAGUAAAUUAUUUUAAUCAAAGUCGUUGAGAGGGAAAAAGGGGUUCGGAGCUGGAGGCUGGUGUGGGAAUUUUCCAAGCAGGGAAUAAAAGCGGAAAAAUUCCAAUGUUUGCACAAAGUUGGGUCAAUAAAUCAAUUAUUUGUUCA